AGUAGCAAACAGGGCUCGGAUUGCGAGGACCCUCUCCUGCCCAGGGGCCCUCCUCAUGUUCCGCCAGGCCCUCCUCGGCCAGCCCUCGCCCCUGGUGGCCGCCCUGCUGCUGUUCCACAGGAAGGAGAGGAGGAGGAAAGACACAGGACUGCCUCACUGGAGGAGAGAGAAGCACCCUUACUACGAUCUCACAGUAAAAAUCCUCCGAGCUAGAAAUAUUAAAGGAACAGAUUUGUUAUCCAAGGCAGAUUGCUAUGUAGAACUCCGUCUUCCCACUGCAUCACCUAUUACUUAUCGAACUCGAGUUAUUGAUAAUUCCAGUGACCCAGAAUGGAAUGAAACUUUUCACUUUAAAAUUCACAAUGCUGUCAAGAAUACUAUGGAGUUGGCACUCUUUGAUGAAGAUGUUCUUAUCAGUGAUGAACUUGCAUCUGUUGUAUUUGAUGUGACAGGGCUUAAAGCAGGGCACCCUCUGAAAGAAUCGUUCAAGCUGAAAGAGGACGAUGAAGAACUGGAUGUAGAGUUUUUUCUGAAGAAAAGUGCAGAUGCUCCUGGUGAAGUUAUCACAAAUGGAGCCCUUGUGGCUUAUCCUUGCCUUAGCCUCCAAGGAGUAAUUAAGAAUGAUGAAAUGUCAAAUCUGAGAGAACAGGGAAGCAAUCAGUUCAAGAUUUCAGUGCCAGGAGCCUAUGAAAAGCAGGUGUGCAUCCCUUGCAAACCAGAAUCUGAUCAGAACUGUGCAGUUCCAUUUGUCUUUCACAUAGGCAAAGAGAUGUGUUCACAACUGAGUGUGGAACUGGAGAGAACUAUUACAGUUCAGGAUGGAGUGAGCCAUGAUGUUGAAGAGCAUAGCACAGUUCUUAGAUCAGGGACUGUUCCAUUUCAUUCACUUCCUCUGGGAAAGGAAAUUGACUUGACUGUUCCACUAGGAAAGGAGCUAAGUGUAGAUCUGCGUGUGAAGGCUGAACAAAUCACAGGAGAUCUUGAUAUACGUCUUGGUUUUGAUUUGUGUAAAGAAGAGCAAGGAUUUUUGGAGAAAAGGAAGAAUGUGGUAUCUCAGGCAUUAAAGAAGACACUGAAAUUGAGAGAGGAUCCUGAUAAAGAUGAGGUGCCUGUUGUAGCAGUCCUAGGAUCUGGUGGUGGGAUAAGAGCGCUGACCUCAUUUUAUGGUAGUCUGCUUGGGCUUCAACAGCUGAAUCUCCUGGAUUGUAUCACAUAUCUUGCUGGGAUCUCAGGCACUACAUGGUGCAUGUCAAUGUUGUACCAAGACUCUGAAUGGUCAUGUAAAGAUCUUAGAGGUGCAGUCAUCAAUGCCCGAGAUAAGAUAUCCAGCAGUAAAGUAGCAGGUUUUUCCUCUGAACGGCUGAAAUAUUACUUCCAGGAACUGAGUGCAAUGGAGAAUGCUGGACGAAAAGUGUCUUUCACUGACCUGUGGGGACUUAUUGUAGAGUACUUCCUGCAGCAGAAAGUAGACCAGUCAAAAUUAUCUGAUCAGCAGAAUGCUGUGAAACGGGCACAGAAUCCCUACCCCAUCUAUGCAGCUGUUAACGUGAGGCCCAAUAUUAGUGGUGAUGACUUUGCAGAAUGGUGUGAGUUCACUCCCUUUGAAGUUGGAUUCCGCAAAUAUGGUGCUUUUGUCCGAACAGAAGACUUUGACAGCGAGUUUUUCAUGGGACGGCUGAUUAAGAAGCAUCCUGAGCCCAGAAUCUGCUACCUUCAGGGAAUAUGGGGUAGUGCCUUUGCUGCUAGUCUGGAUGAUGUCUUCUUAAAGGUGAUUGGAUCGGGACUAACAUUUUUAGAAUCGCUGGGAGAUGUUGUCAGAGUUAUUGAUGACUGUCGACGGUUCCAUUUCCGGGACCCCAUGAGGCUGAAAACUCGUAUGGUUAUACCAGGUGGACUUUUGUUACAAAUUUUCCAGGACUUCUUCAAAUCUCGUGUUACUGCUGGGGAAACUUUUAAUUUCAUGCAAGGCUUGUAUCUCCACAAGGAUUAUGUCAGCCUUAAAAAAUUUGUGACCUGGAAAGGUACCCACUUAGAUGCUUUUCCUAAUCAGUUGACCCCAAUGGAAGAGACUUUGUACCUAGUAGAUGGUGGUUUUUCUAUCAAUUCUCCUUUUCCUUUAAUGCUCCAACCAGAAAGAGAUGUUGACGUCAUCCUGUCAUUCAAUUACUCUUGGGAAGCACCAUUUGAGGUCCUCGAAUUGACUCAGAAGUACUGCAAAGAGCGUGAAAUUCCAUUCCCACAAAUCAAUGUGAGCAAAGAAGAUGAAGAAAACCCUAAGGAAUGCUAUGUGUUUAUGGAUGCUGAGAAUCCAAAGACUCCCAUUAUCCUUCACUUCCCUCUGGUUAAUGAUACUUUCUGCACAUACAAAGCACCAGGUGUAGAACGUGAAUCAGAAGAGGAGAAAGCAUUUGGUGAUUUUGAAGUUGAAGCAAAAGACUCUCCAUAUCGGACAUUAAACUUCACCUUUGAACCCCAUGAAUUCAAUAGACUGGUAGAGCUGAGUUGCUAUAACGUACUAAAUAACAAGGAUGCUAUUUUGGAUGCACUACGUUUAGCUUUAAACAGGCGAAGGCUAAAAAGCAGGACAUGAACACUUCUCUGAAAACAGGACAUGAAUAGGUCACUGUGCUUUAUGAAAAGUUUAGGUAGGAAAAAUAAACCUGCAAAAUACCCUAUUUAUGUGAAUGUGCAUUGCACUAUUGAAUUCUCUUUAGAUUGCACUGAAAGCUUGCAUUCAUUUGGAAAGACAUCUGUUUACUCUUUCCUUUUUGGACUGCUUCAGUGCAAUAAACAAUAGUCUCAUGGAACUGGAUAUGCCAAUUUCCAGUGCUGUAAUUCCAGAAUCUAAGUUUAUGCGUAUUUACUAGGAUAUUUUUUCCUUAUUAACAGUUAUAUGGAAAUAUAAUCUGCUAAUUUAUAGGGAAUUUUCUCUUUAUACAUUGGUCUUGGUCUGAACAUCUCAAAGAAGCCAAACUGGAUGAGGAGAAAACUGUUUGAUCUUAUGAGCCAUCUUAUUCUGAGCCUUGUAUUCCAGAAAUGUUCAUUUAAUCAUAUUAGGAAACCAACCUGUUUGCUGGGUCUUCUAUAAGUAAAUUAUGGAGGAAAUUGAUGCUACAAAUAGUCAAGGUUUAAUUUAUUCAAGACAAGAAAAAAAAUCUUUGAUUUAGCAUUUGAUUCUAGCAAAGUAAAUUAUUCUUUUAAUUUUAUAUGAUAUUAAACAUUCGGAGUCUUCUGCAUCAGUUAGUAGGAAUGUCUUUUAGGCCCUGGUCCUUUGGUUCCCUAACAUUAUUUGCUUAUUAUAGGGAGUCCACACGUGGUACAGUGGUUAAAUGUCAGUACUGCAGCCACAUGUUUGUGAGUUCAAUCACAGGGCUCCAAGAUUGACUCAACCUUCCAUCCUUUCGUAGGUUGGUAAAAUGAGUACCCAGCUUGUUGGGGGCAAUUAGCUUACAGAUUGUAAACCGCUUAGAGAGUGCCGAGUUCACUGAUAAGCGAUAUAGAAAUGUACAUGCUGUUGUUAUUGUUAUUGCUGACUGUUCCUUACUCUGUCAGUCCUUUACUUGAUCAAAAUGAAAGAGGCCAUGCUGAAAAAUGAACCCUUUUCUUUGAUUUUCCCUGAGAAUAAAGAUACAUUCUCCAAAGGGAGGAAAUAUGAAGAUGUUGCUUUUGAGCCAUAUUGGUAACUUGUGAAAAGUCUUCUUUAAAAAUCUCUAUUCAGACUUGUCUUCUGUCUACCUCCUCUCUACUCCUUCACUCCCUAAGAUUGCACAGAAAAAUCUGAGAACUACUUUUAGAUUUGUUUUUAUUGUUAUUUUGUUAAAGUGUCUUAAUCAUUGUGAACUCCAGCAUAAUGGAUGUAAAUGGCUGUUUCUUCUGGGCUAUGGGAUGCAGUUGCUAUACCAUGAAGGAGAAUUUUUGAAGAAGAAAUAAUGCUAGCCAUCAAAUUUCACCCUGGGAUCAGAUGAUGUGGCCAAAACAGAUUCAUGAUCAGGUUUAUUUAUUGUAAGCAAUCAAUGUAUUUAUGAACUAUGCAAAAUCUUGACAUCAUUUUUGAAAUUAACAGGAAAUUAAACAUUUUUUAAA